AUGGUGAUGAGCACCAUCCUUUCUCAGGGCAAGAAAAAAAGAACCAAAAAGAGUAAUGUUCAGGUUGGGAGGAAGAAAGCAAACAAAGGUGAUGCUGGUGAUGAAGCAGACACUCCAAGAACCAGAAGAGCACUAGCAAGGGAAGCUACAGCAAAAGCAAGGAGGGAUGUUGAAGAAGCUGAACUCAAGGCUGCGGUAGCAAGACAAGCAACAGAAGCAGCAGCUAGGGAAGAAAUUGAGGCUACAAGAAAUGAGUUAUCUGCAACUCAUGCACAGGAAGAUGUCCUGGAAGCCUUGGCUCUAGAAGUUGAUGUCCCAGAAACUACAAAAGCUAGGAGGAACCUAUUCUCAGAAGAUGAACUGCAAAUUGAGCCUGUCAAGAAAAUGACACCUAGGAAGAAGAAGUUGACAAAGAAAGUGGCCCCCGACUUGGAACGUGGGGCGUAUGGUGUUGUGGCAGGGCUUGGAUGUGUUGGAGAUAGUGUCGGUAGAAGGCAUUCUUCUCGUAAGAACGGAUUCUUCGUAACAAGCAGUUCGUCAGCCUCAGUAGAACGCUCUACCCAGGAGUUGGGCACAGCGGGUCCAGGGGAGUGGAGUGGGGAUGCGAUACACCGGCGUUUCCUUGAAUUUUAUGCAGCCCAUGGCCACAAGAUCCUUCCGAGCUCGUCACUUGUGCCUGACGACCCAACCCUGUUCCUCACCAUAGCAGGGAUGCUUCAGUUCAAGCCUAUAUUUCUCAGCAAGGAACCUAGGCGUGUGCCAUGCGCCACUACCUCUCAGAAAUGCAUACGAACAAACGACAUUGAAAAUGUGGGACGCACUGCUCGACAUCAGACCUUCUUUGAAAUGCUUGGGAACUUCAGUUUUGGUGAUUACUUCAAGAAAGAAGCAACCGCAUGGGCAUGUGAGCUGGCAACCAAGGAGUAUGGAUUACCUGCAGAAAGGUUGUGGAUUAGUGUUUUUGAAGAUGACAAUGAAGCAUUCGACAUCUGGCACAAUGAGGUUGGUGUACCAAAAGAGCGGAUAAAGAGGAUGGGUGCAGAAGAUAACUUUUGGACUAGCGGCGCAACCGGACCCUGUGGACCAUGCUCUGAAAUUUAUUACGAUUUCUAUCCUGAGAGAGGAUCAUCAGAUGCGGAUUUGGGCGAUGAUAGCCGAUUCAUUGAAUUCUACAAUCUUGUCUUUAUGCAAUACAAUAAAAGGGACGACGGAUCUCUAGAACCGUUGAAACAAAAGAACAUUGAUACAGGAAUGGGUCUUGAGCGUAUGGCACGCAUUCUUCAAAAGGUUCCAAACAACUAUGAGACAGACUUGAUUUUCCCAAUUAUAGAAAAGGCAGCUAGCAUGGCGAUGGUAUCCUAUGCUAAAACUGAUGAUGCCACAAAGACAAAUCUCAAGAUAAUUGGAGAUCACAUGAGAGCAGUUGUUUAUCUCAUAUCAGACGGGGUAAUUCCCUCAAAUAUUGGGAGAGGAUACGUUGUUCGAAGGCUAAUAAGAAGAGUAGUUCGGAUUGGUAGAUUGAUAGGAAUAAGAGGUGAUGGGCAUGGAAAUUCUGGAGGUGCAUUGUUACCUUCACUAGCUGAGACUUUGGAAAGAGGCGAAAAGUUAUUAGAUGAACUUCUAGAUGAGGCUUUAUUAAGUGCGGGUAAUAAUGGAGAUAAACCUUCCCUAUCUGGAAAAGAUGUUUUCCUUUUGUACGAUACAUAUGGUUUUCCAGUAGAGAUUACAGCUGAAAUAGCAAGUGAACAAGGUGUUACUGUUGAUAUUGAGGGAUUUGAUAUUGAAAUGGAAAACCAGAGGAAACAAUCUCAAGCCGCUCAUAAUGUAGUCAAGCUUUCUGUAGGAAAUGAGACUGAGAUAGUCAAGAGCAUCCUCGAUACUGAAUUUUUGGGAUAUGACUCUCUCUCUGCUUCUGCCAUUGUUAAAGGUCUCCUAGUUAAUGGAAACCCAGUUAAUGAAGUUUCUGAAGGUUCUGAAGUAGAAAUAUUAUUAGAUCGGACACCAUUCUAUGCUGAAUCAGGCACAAUUAAGCAAGGGUCUGUAGAGGUUGGCAAGGAAGUAGAUGCUUCUGUUGAUGCAAAAUUGAGGCAGGGGGCUAAGGCCCAUCACACUGCAACACAUCUACUACAAUCUGCUCUUAAAAGUGUGGUUGGUUCAGAAACUUCACAGGCUGGUUCCCUUGUGGCAUUUGACCGUCUUCGAUUUGACUUCAAUUUCCAUCGCCCACUUUCUGACGAGGAAUUAACAACAAUUGAAUCGCUUGUAAACCAAUGGAUUGGCAAUGCAGCACAUCUUGAGACAAAAGUCAUGGCUUUGCAAGAUGCAAAAAAUGCUGGUGCUAUUGCAAUGUUCGGAGAAAAAUACGGUGAACAGGUCAGAGUCGUAGAGGUCCCUGGUGUCUCAUUGGAACUCUGGUGGGACUCACAACAAGGAAUAGCUUCUGGGGUCAGAAGGAUAGAAGCAGUUGCAGGUGAUGCUUUUGUUGACUAUGUUUGUGCUCGGGACAACUACAUGCGGCGCUUAUGCUCAUCCCUUAAGGUUAAGGCUGAAGAUGUGAACGGUAGAGUAGAAACAAUUCUCGAGGAGCUAAGAGCAACCAGAAACGAAGUAUCAUCUCUACGCAGCAAAAUUGCAGUGCUAAAAGCAGUUUCUCUUGCAAGUAAAGCUACAACUGUGGAACCCCAGAAUGUCAGGAUUGUGGUUGAGAACAUGGGUGAUGUAGACGCAGAUGGGCUGAAAAGCGCAGCGGAGUAUCUCAUAGAUACCCUCCAAGACCCUGCUGCGGUGAUUUUAGGAUCAAGCCCAGGGGAUGGUAAAGUCAGCCUGGUUGCUGCCUUCAGCCCUGCAGUCGUCAAAUUGGGACUGCAGGCAGGGAAGUUCGUGGGUGGCAUAGCCAAACUCUGCGGCGGAGGCGGUGGAGGCAAGCCCAACUUUGCCCAAGCUGGGGGGCGGAAGCCGGAGAACUUGCCGCACGCCCUUGAGAAAGCCCGAGUUGAAAUUGUGGCAGGGGUAUCAAGUCCGAGCUGA